AUGGCUAGUAAUCGCUUUUUCCUCCGUGAGGGCUCCUCAUCAAGCGAAGAAACCAGUGAUGAUGAACAACAAGUACAAGUUCAAGCAGCAAAAAAGGGUGCCGGCAAAGGUGUAGCAAAACAUACUCCUAAGCCAUACCUUGAAGUAAGUGAAGAUGAAGAAGACGUUAAACGUGUUGUACGAAGUGAAAAAGAAAAACGAUACGAAGAAAUUGAAGAAAUUAUCAAGAAAAUAAAACACGCAAUGCGUAUUCGCGAUAUUGGCUUGGUCUAUGAAUGUUAUGAAAAUUUAAUAAAAGCAUUCGACAAAGCCAGACGAGUUUUGGAAAAAGAUCAAGGUAUUCCAAGACCAUUUAUAAAAAUAUUGGCACAAAUGGAUGAUUUCGUUAAUACAUGUUGGAGUGAUCGAGAAUGGCGUGAAACGCUUACUAAAAAUAAUUCAAAUAAUUUAAGCGCAUUACGGCAAAAAAUUCGUCGAUAUUUAAAACAAGGAACAUUGGAGAAAGAAAUCAAUGCCUAUCGUGAAAGACCUGAUGUUGCUGAUGAAGAAGUACCUGAACGUGAAGCUUCACCAGCCCAUGAAGGUUCUGAGCGUGACGAAGAUGAAGAAGACGCGGCAGUAGUUGCACCAGCAAAAGCAAAACCGCAAGAGGAUGAUGACAGUGCAUCAAGUGAUGAAUCAUGGGACCAAACUGACGGUGAAUCUUCGGAUAGUUCAAUUGAUAUCGAUGCACCAAAUGAAGAACUUUACAAAAAAUUUUUGAAAUCGGAUAAACCUGAAAAAGAAAAAAGUACUAAGAGCAAAGAUGCAGCUAGUACUAAGCGUGUAGCAAAACAACGUCGAGCUGAAGCUCUGACUGAACAACUCGAUGAUGACGAUGACGACAGAGAUGGUGGACCUCGACAAGAUGUUCAAAAACUUGUUUCGUUUGCCAAAGAUGAAGAAAUAACACACGAAGCUAUUUUGAAAAAACUUAAUGAAGUAAUUGCUAUGCGUGGUAAACGUGGUACAAAUCGUCGUGAUCAAUUGGAAUGUUUAAAACUUCUUCGAUCAUAUGCUGAAAAACAAAAUUUAGGUGUCGGUAUUGAUAUCAAAAUUCUAUUAAUACAAAUUGCUGUUAGUUUUGAUUAUCAUCACAAGGGUAAUGAAUGUUUAAAACCAGAAACAUGGACACGCGCACUCGAAUAUAUCGAAGAAUUAUUAACUUUAUUGACUAAACAUGAACAAGUUCAAAUCAGUGAAAAUAUUAGUGAGGAAGCAGAAAAUCUGAAAAAAGAACCAGACUAUCGUAUUCAUGGCGAUGCAAUAACAAUAAUUCUUAAAAUGGAUGAAGAAUUUACAAAAAUCUUACAAAAUGCUGAUGCUCAUAGUCAAGAUUAUGUUGAACGCUUGAAAGAUGAAUUACGUGUAUGUUCCAUUAUUGACCGUUUAAAAUUAUACUUAGAAUCAAAAGCAAACAAUCAAGUAAUGAUAAGCAGUGAUUCUGAAGCUGGUACAGUUCCACUUGUUCAAGCGCAACAUUUAUGUACAGCAUAUAUGUGUGUUAUUGAACAUCUCUAUUAUAAAUAUGAUAAAACAGCAGGAAAACCGUCGGUUGCUAUUAUCGAUCGUCUUUGCAAAUUUAUUUAUGCCAAAGACACAUUGAAUCGUGCACGUGCUCGUGCAAGUCUUUGUCAUGUUUAUCAUUUUGCAUUACACGAUCACUACUAUGAAGCUCGAGAUUUAAUGUUAAUGUGUCAUAUGCAAGAUACAAUAGCAACAUCGGAUGUUGCGACACAAAUUUUAUAUAAUAGAACUAUUGUUCAAUUAGGUUUAUGUGCUUUUCGUUUUGGUGCAAUACGUGAAGCACAUCAAGCAUUAGUUGAUAUGCAAUCGGGUAAUCGCGCUAAAGAAUUAUUAGCACAAGGAGUUCAAAUGAUACGUAAUCAAGAACGAACACGAGAUCAAGAAAUGAAAGAACGACAACGUCUAUUACCAUUUCAUAUGCACAUUAAUUUAGAAUUAAUUGAAUGCGUUUAUCUUGUAUCAGCUAUGUUAAUUGAAAUUCCAUUUAUGGCUUCUCAUGAAUAUGAUGCACGAAAACGUCCAAUUAGUAAACAUUUUCAUACACAAAUGCGCCAAGCAGAAAAACAGCCUGUCUUUGGACCGCCGGAAUCUAUGCGUGAACAUGUUGUCGCUGCAAGUCGAGCAAUGAAGACAGGCGAUUGGAGUGCAUGUGUCAAUUUUUUGAUUAAUGAAAAAAUGAAUGGCAAGGUGUGGAAUUUGAUGCCACAAGCUAACGAAGUACGAAAAAUGUUAAUCGAUAAAAUUAAAGAAGAAUCUUUACGUACUUACUUAUUUACUUACGCUACUGUUUAUGAUGCAAUUUCCAUGUCAACCCUAGCUGAUAUGUUUGAAUUACCGGUUAAACAAGUUUAUGGUAUUAUCAGUAAAAUGAUUAUCAAUGAAGAACUUAUGGCUUCACUCGAAGAACCCAAUCAAACUGUUGUAAUGCAUCAUACAGAUCCAUCAAGAACGCAAGCACUUUCACUUCAACUUGUUGAAAAGGUCUUUCAAUUAUAUGAGCAAAAUGAAAAAUUAGUUCAUUUUCGUAAUGGUGAACCAAACUUUUAUUCAAGACCCAAUCAACAACCACAACAAGGUCAACAACGUAAUCAAGGUACAAGUGGUGGUGGUGGUGGUGGUGGUGCUGGUGGUGGCGGUGGCGGCGGUGGUGGUGGACAAAAUUGGAAUCGUACACAACGAUCAGGAACAAAUCGGGCGUAUUAA